CAAAAACCAAAUUUCCAUUGAAGUUCAAAUGACAGCUUCUUCUUCUUGUCUUUCAUCUUCUUCAUCAACUUCAUCGACAACAGAUCCAACCAUUUUCCCUACCAACCUUCAAAAUUCGAAAAAUGUCAUCAACCCAACAGCCAUCAUCCUCUUCAUCAUCCAGAAAACAAACCCUUUUCAUAGCUUUACUUGUAAUCCUAUGGUACUCCUCAAACAUUGGAGUUCUUCUCCUAAACAAGUACUUACUUUCGAAUUAUGGUUUCAAAUUCCCAAUCUUUUUAACGAUGUGUCACAUGUCAGCUUGUGCUUUCCUCAGUUACAUCUCCAUUGUGUUCAUGAAACUCGUCCCUCUUCAACCAAUUAAAUCCAGGCCUCAGCUUUUAAAGAUUACAACUCUAAGUGUUGUCUUUUGUGUUUCAGUUGUUGGAGGUAACAUUUCUUUAAGGUACCUCCCUGUGUCUUUUAACCAGGCUGUUGGUGCUACCACACCAUUUUUCACUGCCUUGUUUGCUUACUUGAUGACUUUCAAGAGAGAAGCCUGGGUUACUUAUGCUGCUCUUGUUCCUGUUGUAACUGGGGUUGUCAUUGCUAGUGGGGGUGAACCAGGUUUUCACUGGUUUGGGUUCAUUAUGUGCAUAAGUGCAACUGCUGCAAGGGCCUUCAAGUCUGUUCUUCAGGGUAUCCUGCUUUCUUCGGAAGGGGAAAAGUUGAACUCGAUGAAUUUGCUACUCUAUAUGUCCCCAAUUGCAGUUCUAGUUUUAGUGCCAGCGGCACUCAUAAUGGAGCCCAAUGUGUUAGAAGUCAUCUUAUCACUUGGAAGACAGCAUAGGUACAUGUGGCUGCUUCUUCUAGUUAAUUCAACAAUGGCAUAUGCAGCUAACUUGUCGAACUUCUUGGUGACUAAACAUACAAGUGCUUUAACACUCCAGGUAUUAGGCAAUGCAAAAGGUGCUGUGGCUGUUGUUAUCUCAAUACUUAUGUUCAGAAAUCCUGUCACGGUUGUUGGCAUCGCUGGUUAUAUGAUGACCGUCCUUGGUGUUGUUGCUUAUGGAGAAGCAAAGCGUCGGUUCAGAUAAGUGAUUCAUCAUAUUUACCAAUUUUCUUUUUAGCUGACCUGCGAAUAUCGUGCUUCCAUGAAGAGCAUAGUGAAGUUAAACGGUAGAUUCUUGGUAAAAAACAUCUAGUAGAGAAUGUGAGAGUGAGAGAUUUUCUAAUUUAUCCUGCAAUGUUACUUUAAUCGCCAACACAGGAAUAUUUUCCCUUGUAUCAGAUGCUCUAUUCUUAUUUAUUUGGGAAACCUUCCUAUUCGUUAGCUUCAUCCAUUAUGCUUUUUGGCUUUU